GAACCAGAUUAUAGUCCAGCAGAUGAUGAAACAGAACAGUACGAAGAAGUCCAAAUCUCGCCAUCUUCUGUUUACGCUGAGCCUGACAGAAACCGACAAAUCGAAACAACAAAUGAUGGUACCCACCAGAAAUUGUUAAAACGCCAAAGUGACUCGGGUUAUGUUAUCCCAGCAGAUGGCUCGCCAUCUUCUGUUUACGCCGAGCUUAACAGAAACCGACAAGACGAAACAACAAAUGAUGCUACCUACCAGAAAUUGUUAAAACGCGACUCAGAUUAUGUGAUACCUGAUCAUACUGAAGUAGGAUCAUCCUACGAAGAGGUUGGGAAGAUAAAAACACCCCCUGGCUACACAGAGCUGGACAACACGAAACGAGUACAAGAUGAUAGCGCUUGUUACCAAAUAUUGAUAAAGAAAUGA